UAGACUAAAGAUCAGCUUAGUCAAGCUAAUGAGCCAAUAGUCUUGUGGGCGUGUUGAUUUUAUUUCUCUCCACACAUUGUGUGGUGUAAACUUUAGAAAAUAUCUUCUGCUGUCAGAAAAUGUACGGAAUAUCGGGGGGUAAUGAAUACCAGGGGUAUUUUCUUACGAUGUUUCUUUUACUAUUUCAAGCCAUUGUGGCCAUGUCCAGCGAGCCGAUAGUUCUAGAAACGAAUGGGUCCAACAACACAAACGUUGUGGCCAGUGAAGGCGAUCCUAUAAACAUUGUGUGCACCUCGUCUAACUGGACAGCACUCAACAAAGGGAAGAUAACUCUUGAUUGUCCUCAUAGCAUCAUCAACUCUACACAAAUUGGACGUGGUACGGCUAUACGAGUUGAGUUUAGAGCUGAUAGGAAGAUGGAUGAACAACAUUGUACGUGUGCCGCAACGUUACUGGACACACAUACAACUGUACAGAGUAACUUUACAUUUCACAUCACUUAUUUUACAAAAGUCGCGUCACUAAACAUUCUGAACAACGUAAAAACAAAUGACGUCAAUGAAGUACCAGAGGAUGUGAUAGUUGUCAUCGUGUGUAAAACAUCGGGAAAUCCCGCACCAACUGCAAGACUUUAUUUUGUUACAGAAAAAGAGAAAACUUUAGUAUAUCAGAGUACAACCAGACAGUUGGAAUACCAGACCCCUGCACAAUGUUACAGGGCCGGCAGGUACGUCUGUGAGGCUGAAAACAAUUUCUCUAAAGAUAGCAAGCACACGGACCUGUGGAUCAAAUGUCCUCCAGAGCUCUGCAGUGGUCAGACGUCUAGACCAGUCUACCAGGUUCCUGUCAAUCAAAACUUCUCCACCAGCCUGUGUGUCCUAUACUGGCCCAGACAUCCCCUGGGGUCGGAGCUACGCCAAGUUUCAGCCGACAACUCCAGUGUGGAGAGCAGACGACUAGAUCACCACGUGACCGUCGUAUCCCGAGACAUGAGGCAGACGAUUGUAAACCUGACCAUAUUUUCUGGACCAGAUCACCAGCUCGGGGAGGUCAACUUGACCAUUGAGUACACGUGGGAAGGUUCUCCAGCAUGUACUUCAAGCUGAUCAAACCAGAAGGGAGCAAGCUUGGAUCGAUGACUAUUGCUGCCAUCGUCUGCCCCAUCGUCCUGGUUUUGUUGUUGAUUAUUCUCGUGCUUUCUGUCAUGGUGUGGAGAAAAAGAGAAACAUCUGAUGACAAAGCCGGCAUUGUGAAACCUGAAGUCCUGCUCCAGCAAUGUCACGUGAUCCAGAGGUUUGCUGUGGAUGGUGAUGGCUAUCUGAUGUCACGUGAUUGUGUACCAGACACACAGAGCCUGGGCCAGCCACCCACUGACCAGCUGGACCAGUCACCCACUGACCAGCUGGACCAGUCACCCACUGACCAGCUGGACCAGUCACCCACUGACCAGCUGGACACAGGUGACCACAGCAAGCUAGAGACGAGACUGGAUGAGAACGUCUACAGCACAAUAGAUGAUACACACGACGAUUACGUUAAUGCUGGAGUUUCCUCUCCUCAACAUAGCGCUGCAGAUCGUACAAUAGAAUCAUCAGAUGCUGUAUCACGGUGUCUGAUGUUGGAUGACAGACGUGACGCACAAGCUUGCUGUACCACAAAUCACUACACAAAUCUGUGUCAUACCACAAAUAUUGAUGAUAGACCAUACGCCAGUAGUGACAAUGCUUACUUUGUUCCAAUAUAAUCGUGACCAUGGAUUGAAAUAUGGUUUGGUUGUUUGGAGAUGAACAAAAUUGUUGAUGUCAAUGUCAAGUUCACUUUUUUAUAAUCUUUUAUUUAGUUCAUACACCAUUGGGUGCCACAGAAAAUAGUCAACAUUAUUAUAUCUUCAUAUGAAGGUCUCAAAUGUAGA